ACAAAUGGUUCUUUCAUAGUCUUAAUUACCUAUGAAACUAGGCAAAGACCUUUUCCAGGAAGGUCAAAUACAAAUAAACAUUUGUUCUUCAAUUUUUUUCAAUUCCAAUUUUUAUUCCUAAUUUCAUCCUCCAAAAUAUUCCAAUUCCAAUUCUCUUUCCCAAAUUCCCUCUUCUCAAGUAACACAAGCUUCUUCCUCUGCUCUCUGCAACCUUCAUGGUGGCUUUCAAUUCUCCGCCGUGAUCCUUCCCAUCUUUGCUGAUUUCCCACGAUUCACUCAUCUGGGUAUCCUCAAUCACCCUCCAAAUUUGAAGCACUCUCGAUAUUGUGGUCAAAGUUUGCUGCUUUGACUUCUUUUCUCUGUGUGUCUCAAAAUGGGUGGGAGCGAGAACUCAAAGGCUAUGGUUAUGGGUCGUUUGGCUGAGUCCAUCAAGGAGAUUUCUGGGUUGCCUGAAUGUCAGAACGUUUGCAAGAACAUGUAUGGGAAUUUGGUUCGCAGAGUGAAGCUGUUGAGUCCUCUGUUUGAGGAAUUGAAGGAUAGUGAUGAGUCUCUCAGCGAUGAACAGCUUGAAGCCUUUGAAUCGCUCAGCGUUGCUUUGGAUUCAGCUAAGACCCUUCUUAAGUCUGUGCGUCAAGGGAGUAAGAUUUACCAGGCUUUGCGGAGGAAUGAUACAGCAGAUAAGUUCCAAAAAAUAACUGAAAAAAUCGAAGCUGCAUUGAGUGAAAUUUCAUACAACAAACUUGAGAUAUCAGAGGAAGUUCAAGAACAGAUUGAACUGGUGCAUGCUCAAUUCAAGAGAGCCAAAGCUCAGACAGAAUUUACUGAUUUACAACUAGACUUGGAUAUUACAGUAGCACAAAAAGAAAAAGACCCUGAUCCUGCUAUACUCAAAAGACUUUCUGAGAAGUUGUAUCUGAGGACUAUAAAUGACAUAAAGAAAGAGUCUGGUGAGUUACAUGAAUUGGUUAUCACAAGCAGCGGAGAACUAGGGGACUGUUUAGAGACGAUGUCAUCCCUUCUUAGGAAACUGAAGGACUGUGUGCUCACGGAAAAUCCUGAGGUUGACACCUUUGAGUGUGAAAAAGUGUCAAUUAAGCAUAGGUCUCCUGUGAUCCCAGAUGAUUUUAGAUGUCCUAUAUCUCUUGAACUAAUGAAAGAUCCUGUAAUUGUCUCCACUGGCCAGACAUAUGAAAGAUCCUGUAUCCAAAAAUGGCUAGAUGCUGGUCACAAAACCUGCCCCAAGACACAGCAGACACUUUUGCAUACAGCCCUUACCCCUAACUACGUUUUAAAGAGUCUGAUUGCUUUAUGGUGUGAAAGCAAUGGUGUUGAAUUACCAAAGAAGCAAGGGAGCUGCAGAACAAAGAAAUCCGGAAGCAGUCUAUCAGAUUGUGAUCGAACUGCUAUUAAUGCUUUAUUGGAUAAACUAGUAAAUGGUGAUAUAGAAAAGCAAAGAGCAGCUGCUGGCGAGCUCCGUUUGCUGGCUAAGAGGAAUGCGGAUAACAGAGUAUGUAUUGCCGAGGCAGGAGCAAUACCACUUCUUGUAGAUCUGUUGUCUUCCCUGGAUCCUCGAACCCAGGAGCAUGCUGUUACAGCUCUUCUCAAUCUUUCCAUCAAUGAGAGUAACAAAGGAACUAUAGUAAAUGCAGGAGCUAUACCAGAUAUUGUAGAUGUACUGAAAAUUGGCAGCAUGGAGGCUAGAGAAAAUGCAGCUGCAACUCUCUUUAGUUUAUCUGUUCUCGAUGAGAACAAAGUUGCAAUAGGUGCAGCUGGAGCUAUCCCAGCUCUUAUUAAGUUACUUUGUGAAGGUACCCCAAGAGGUAAGAAGGAUGCUGCUACUGCUAUCUUCAAUCUAUCUAUUUACCAGGGAAACAAAGCAAGAGCUGUAAAAGCCGGUAUAAUGGCCCCAUUGAUGCGAUUUCUGAAGGAUGCUGGGGGUGGAAUGGUAGAUGAAGCACUAGCUCUAAUGGCAAUCCUUGCAAGCCAUCAUGAAGGCAGGAUAGCAAUUGGUCAGGCUGAGCCAAUCCCUACUCUAAUUGAGGUCAUACGAACCGGAUCUCCACGCAACCGGGAGAAUGCUGCUGCUGUCUUGUGGUCACUAUGCACGGGAGAUCUACUGCAGUUGAAACUAGCAAAGGAACAUGGUGCAGAAGCAGCACUGCAGGAAUUAUCAGAAAAUGGAACCGAUAGAGCUAAGAGGAAAGCUGGAAGUAUAUUAGAACUCUUACAACGAAUGGAAGGGGAUGAUAAUUUGCAAAAUUCUUAGUCUCAAAGGUAACCAUGUCCACAUGAGUAGUCUGUAAUAAUAGUGUAUUCCUUCUCUUUAUCUUUCUUUUUUUACUUUAAAUGAAGUCACCUUGCUGAUGGAGUUGAUUUUUAAGAUAAGCAGGCAACUUGUGCAGGAACUUCGUAUUAUGUUUGGUUGACAUUUGUCUGUAAAAAGGGAAAUGUUGUAAAUUAACUGUUGAAUAUGUUACGUGAGGAUUAUAGAUGGGUUUAGUU